AUGACAUCACUACCUCUCCCAGUGACAUCACUACCUCUCCCAGUGACAUCACUACCUCUCCCAGUGACAUCACUACCUCUCCCAGUGACAUCACUACCUCUCCCAGUGACAACACUACCUCUCCCAGUGACUACCUCUCCCAGUGACAUCACUACCUCUCCCAAUGACAUCACUACCUCUCCCAAUGACAUCACUACCUCUCCCAGUGACAUCACUACCUCUCCCAAUGACAUCACUACCUCUCCCAAUGACAUCACUACCUCUCCCAAUGACAUCACUACCUCUCCCAAUGACAUCACUACCUCUCCCAGUGACAUCACCACCUCUCCCAGUGACAUCACCACCUCUCCCAGUGACAUCACUACCUCUCCCAGUGACAUCACUACCUCUCCCAGUGACAUCACUACCUCUCCCAAUGACAUCACUACCUCUCCCAGUGACUACCUCUCCCAGUGA